UGAUUUUUGAUGAUGAUGAUAAAGUUUUAAGUUUAAAAAAUUGACAAUUUUUAUCUGAUUUUGAUUCAUUAUAUAAGAGUUUUUUGCGGAGGAGGGAAAAACACUGAAGAACAAAACCACAACAAACAUCAUCAUCGAUUAUGAUGGCACCGAGACGUGGAAAGAAGAAAAAAAUUCCAAUUAAAAAUCGAUCAUUGUGUAGACAAUUCUGUCGUCAAGGCAAAUGUGAUCGAGGUGUACAUUGUUCAUUUAUACAUGAUCCAAAUAAACGUGGUAUCUGUCCAGGAAUCCUGUCAAAAUAUGGAUGUAAUAAACAGGAAUGUUUUCUAUCACAUGAUCAAACACCGGAUAAAAUGCCUGAUUGUCGUUUUUUUCUUCGUGGCCGAUGUACAGCCAAUAAUUGUUCAUAUCGUCAUGUUAAAGUGAAUAAAGAUGCAAAAUUAUGUGAAAAUUUUGCCCUCGGUUUUUGUAUGAAAGGACUGACGUGCAAUAAACUACAUAAUUACAAAUGUCCAAUGAUUCGAUUGAAAAAAAAAUGUCCAUAUGGUGAUCAAUGUAAUCAUUAUCAUCCACCACCACCACCACAAAACCAAUCGAAUUCGAUGAAACCAUCAACAUCGAAAAAGAUGAAAAAAUCAAAAUUUAAAAAAAUCAAUAAUAAAACCGAAACGAACACCACCAACAACAACAAUGGUAAUCAACAAUCAUCACAAGUAACCACUACAAAUGAACGUCGAAUGAAUCUAUCAUCACCAAAUACAAAAAACAUUUUGAAUCAAAUGCUAACGAAACAAUUGAAACAAACGAAUGUUGAUCAUAUCGAUGAAUCA